GAUGGCAUCGCUAGCCUCUCAGUGGCCACACGCGUUCAUGCGCACAGCAGAGAGCAUCACUCUGCACUACGUGGAUGUGGGGCCCCGGGAUGCACUGCCCGUUGUGCUGGUGCACGGCUGGCCCGAUCUCUGGUUCGGGUGGAGGCACCAAAUCCAAGCGUUGCAGUCGUCCUACCGUCUCAUUGUACCUGACCUCCGUGGCUUUGGUCAGAGCUCCACGCCGCAACACGUCGAAGCUUAUGGCGCCAAGAACGUCACAAAUGACUUGGCUGCACUCUUGGAUGGUCUGAACAUUGAGAAAGCGGUGCUUCUCGGUCACGACUGGGGUGGAGGAAUGGUAUGGCGCAUGUGUCUUUAUCAUCCUGAGCGCGUGAUUGCUGUCGGUGCUGUGUGCACCGCCUACACACCGCCAGCUAAGUGCCUGAUGCCUCUGGACGUUGUCGUUGCCAAAGUCCCGUAUUUCUCCUACCAGAAAAUAUUGGCAGAUGCCGAAAACACGGGCAAGAUGUGGAUACUGCCUCCACGUCGCUCCUUACUGGCUGGGUUCCGUAAACACUCGGAGGAUGAGUCCGACGCUGGAAGACGGCAAGAUGCCGAUUAUCGGUACGCUUCAAGGCGUGACGAGCUCCAGCGAUCCCGAUCUUCACUCAGCGACCAGUACAAACACUCCAAGUUCCAGAGCACGUGCCAAUACUAUGCAACUCGAGAGAUUGACUUCAAGGACGAACUGGGAAUGUCUCCAAUCAUCAACCACCCUGCGCUAUUCAUUGCUGCGGCGAAUGAUCACGUACUUAAACCCGAGUUGGCGAGCAAGAUGCAUCGUUUUCUGCCUAAUUUGGAGACGCACGUUGUGAACGACGCUGGUCACUGGGUCUUGUGGGAGCAGAAGAAGCGAGUGAAUGCAAUUCUCAAGGCGUGGCUGGACAAGCUCCCGGCUUCUGGAGAUACUCGUAGCAAGCUAUAA